AUGGAAACAAUUCUUGACUUUUCGAAGGAUCUUGAUAUCAAUUUAUUCGACCAGGUAGUCGGGACUUUCUACAAAGGCUCAGGAGCUGAGCAAAAGGAAGCCCAAAGCGUUUUAAGUCAAUUUCAAGAAAACGCAGAAUCUUGGACACGGGCGGAUAAAAUUUUGUCCAAUUCAAACAACGCCCAGUCGAAGUACAUUGCGUUGUCAUGUUUAAAUAAAUUGAUUCAAUAUCGCUGGAAGACCAUCCCGGAAGAUGAGAGAAUUGGCAUCAGAAAUUUCAUCGUUAAUAUGAUCAUCUCUCUCUGUGACAAUGAGACGAUAUUUGAAACCGAGAGGGCAUUGAUCAACAAAAUUGAUUUAACGUUAGUUCAAAUUUUGAAACAGGAAUGGCCACAUAAUUGGCCACAAUUUAUACCAGAAAUCGUAUUGAGUUCAAGGUCCAGUUUCAAUGUUUGUGAAAAUAAUAUGAUUAUUUUGAAGUUAUUGAGUGAAGAGGUUUUUGAUUUCAGUCAGGAUCAAUUAACACAAGCAAAAGCAAAAUCAUUAAGAUUGAGUAUGAGAGCAGAGUUUGAAGAAAUUUUCAAAUUAUGUUAUGAAGUAUUAGAUAAGACUACCAAGUCUUCCUUAAUCAUUUCCACGUUGAAUGCAUUAUUAAAAUACAUUCCAUGGAUUCCAGUUAAUUAUAUUUUUCAAACUGAUUUGUUAAAAUUAUUGACCGGCAAGUUUUUAAACCCUGUUGAUACCAGGACUAUCACAUUGAAAUGUCUUACUGAGGUCUCCAACUUGAACUCACCAGAGUUAGAAGAAAAAUUUAUAAUUUUUUUCAAGGACACUAUGGAACAAAUUUAUUCUAUAAUCCCUCCAGAUACAAAUUUGAAACAGUCUUACAAAAUUGCUAGUACGAACGACCAAUCUUUCUUGCAAGAUUUGGCAAUGUUCAUAUGCACAUUUUUAAACAAUCAUUUAUUGCCUUUAGAACAAAAUGAAUCCUUAAGAGAGUUAUUGUUGACAUCGAUGCAUUACCUCGUUGAGUUAUCUAGAAUUGAGGAACGAGAAUUAUUUAAGACUUGUUUAGAUUUCUGGUGCAACUUCGUUCACGGAUUAUUUGAAGAAAUUCAAAAAUUACCUCAAAACGAAUUAUCGCCUUUAAUGCAAUUGAGCUACUCCAGCUCAAUAAAAGCUACGUCUGGUGGAGCUCCAGACCCUGCUGUAUUAGCAAAAUUCCCAUUAAGAGAGCAUAUGUAUACAUCAAUUUUAUCCAAAUUAAGAUUGGUUAUGAUUGAGUCUAUGGUUAGACCUGAAGAAGUUUUAAUUGUUGAGAACGACGAAGGGGAAAUCGUCAGAGAGUUCGUAAAAGAGAGUGAUACCAUUCAAUUAUAUAAGUCCAUGAGAGAAGUCUUGGUUUAUUUAACUCAUUUGGAUGUUGUUGAUACUGAGCAAAUUAUGAGUGAAAAAUUGGCCAGGCAAAUCGAUGAAUCUGAAUGGUCGUGGCAAAAUAUUAACACUUUGUGUUGGGCCAUUGGUUCGAUUUCAGGUACCAUGAAUGAGGAUAUGGAGAAGCGUUUCUUGGUGUCCGUUAUUAAGGAUUUAUUGUCAUUGACUGAAAUGAAAAGAGGCAAGGAUAACAAAGCUGUUGUUGCAUCAAAUAUUAUGUAUAUCGUCGGACAAUAUCCUAGGUUCUUAAAGGCGCACUGGAAGUUCUUGAAAACAGUGGUUAAUAAGUUGUUCGAGUUUAUGCAUGAAACUCAUGAAGGUGUUCAAGAUAUGGCUUGUGAUACCUUUAUUAAAAUUACACAUAAAUGUAAGAAGCAUUUUGUGGCCGUUCAACAACAAGAAAGAGAGCCGUUUAUUAUCGAGAUCAUUAGAAACAUUCAACAAAUCACUGAAGAUUUACAGCCACAACAGGUUCAUACAUUUUAUGAAGCAUGUGGUAUAAUAGUAAGCGCGCAAACAUCAAAAGAUGCAAGAGAUAAAUUAUUAGGUGAAUUAAUGGCUUUACCAAAUAUGGCAUGGAGCGCAAUUGUUCAACAAGCUGGAAAGGACCCAGAAUUAUUGACUAACACAGAAACUGUUAAAAUUAUCGCCAACAUCAUUAAAACUAACGUCUCCGUUUGUAAAGCAUUAGGACCUGGUUUCUAUUCACAAUUGGGAUUAAUGUAUGUCGAUAUGUUAUCAUUAUACAAAGCUGUCAGUACGAUGAUCUCUGAUUUUGUUGCUAAGGACGGUUUGAUAGCUACUAAAACCCCAAAGGUUAGAGGUUUGAGAACAAUUAAGAAAGAAAUCUUGAAAAUGGUCGAGACUUACAUCAACCAAGCUGACAAUCUCGAAGAAAUAGUAAGGGAUUUAGCACAACCAUUAUUUGGGGCCGUUUUAGAGGAUUAUAGCUCGAAUGUUCCUGAUGCUCGUGAUGCAGAAGUUUUAAACUGUAUGACUGCAUUAAUCUCAAAGGUUGGCCAUAUGAUCCCAGAAGGAGUGGUGUUGAUCUUACAAAAGGUUUUUGAAUGUACAUUAGAUAUGAUCAAGAAUGAUUUUGUCGAAUACCCUGAGCAUAGAAUUGAAUUUUAUAAGUUAUUGAAGGAAAUCAAUUCAAAAUCGUUCCAGGCAUUAUUGCAAUUAUCGGGUGAUGCAUUCCAAUCAUUGAUUAAUGCUGCAUUGUGGGCUUUUAAGCAUAACAACAGAGAAGUUGAAGAUAAUGGUUUAUCAUUAACAUUAGAAUUAAUUGAAAACGUUGAAAAGUUAGGUGAUACACCAUUUACCAAAGCAUUCUACGAAAACUUUUAUUUCCAAAUCUUAUCCGAUACUUUCUAUGUUUUCACCCAACCAGAUCAUAAGUCUGGAUUCAGAUACCAGUCCCAAUUAUUAGCACAAUUAAUUCAUUUAGUCGAGGACAACGUCAUCCAGGCUCCAUUAUACACACACGAGCAAGCUCCCGAAGGCACGUCAAAUUCAGAUUUCUUGAAGCAAUACUUAGCGCAAUUAUUAAUAUCUGCGUUCGACAACUUGCAAAAGGAACAAUUAGUCAACUUCUUGAAUGUGUUAACCUCAGUUUACAAGGACUUGAACAAGUUUAAAGCAACAUUGAGAGAUUUCUUGAUUCAAAUCAAGGAAUUCGGAGGCGAUCCAACCGAUUACUUAUUUGCGGAAGAUAAAGAGAUUGAAAAACAGGAACAAAACAAAUUACAAAGAGAAAAAGACUUACAGGUGGGUGGUUUGAUUAAACCAUCAGAAAUGGACGACGAAUAA